ACGUGUCAGACAAGUCCAACCAUCUCCUAAUCGUACACCAUUCCUUAUCGUUGUCCGCGCGACAUCAUUGGCUCACCACCGUUGAUUGUCCAGGCCACCCAACUCUUACACUGAUCCGCAGUCUAAUCAUACCAAUAGCGUAACCAACCCACUUAGUGUUACUGACUGUAAAUACUCUCAAAUUCAAGCCCAGAACUAUAACACGUCAUACUUUUGUUGUAUCCUAUCACCGGUAGGUGACAUUAAGCUUAGUUUCACCUUCGUCCUCUUCCGUCCCGCUGAAGCCAAGCUCGGUGCAAAGUUAAGCGAGUGUUGUUUAAGAGCGGAGGUUCAGAUCUCGUCUCUCGUUUUAGUUAUCUAUAUUAGAGAAGAGACAGUGAUCCUCGAGAGAAGAGAUCUCGAUGGUGGUGCCGGGACAGCAACGUGCGGCGCCGGGGCAUCGAAGGGUGGCGCCGGCGCCGGCGCUGGCGCCGGCGCCGGAGAGAGUGCCUCUGCGGAGGUUGAUGAGAGCGGCUGCGGUGGCUUGCGGGGUGCAAUUCGGGUGGGCGCUGCAGCUCUCGUUGUUGACGCCGUAUGUGCAGGAGCUGGGGAUCGCGCACGCGUGGGCGAGUCUUGUGUGGCUUUGUGGCCCGUUGUCUGGCCUUCUCGUCCAGCCCCUAGCUGGCCAUAUGAGCGAUCGGUGCCGCAGUGGCUUUGGGCGACGCCGCCCUUUCAUCGCAGCUGGUGCAGCUACUAUUGCUUUAGCUGUUAUUCUCAUCGGAUACUCGGCGGACAUUGGUGAUAUCCUUGGUGACCCGCGGGGACCAGUCCACCGUCCCCGUGCUGUUGUUGUGUUCGUGAUCGGCUUCUGGCUUCUAGAUGUUGGGAAUAACGCUACCCAGGGACCAUGCCGGGCCCUCCUUGCCGAUCUCUCUGGGAAGGACCAUAGACGAACACGGAUAGCUAAUGCUUAUUUUUCUCUCUUCAUGGCACUGGGUAAUAUACUUGGCUUUGCUACUGGAUCCUACAGUGGCUGGUAUACCAUUUUACCAUUUACUCUCACAUCAGCAUGCAGUGUGAACUGUGCCAAUCUGAAGUCUGCUUUCAUACUUGACAUUGUUCUUCUUGCAUUGACUACUUAUAUUAGCAUAUCAUCUAUCCAAGAAAUCCCUCUUUCUGACAUGGGAGCUGAACAUUCGGUUGAAGAAGUGCAACAGGAAGCUUUCCUUUGGGAACUUAUAGGAUCUUUUAGAUACCUGACACCCCCGAUUUGGAUUGUUCUCAUUGUGGUUUCACUAACUUGGGUUGGAUGGUUUCCCUUUUUUCUGUUUGACACUGAUUGGAUGGGCCGAGAGAUCUACAAAGGAAAGCCAAAUGAAGGGCAUGCUUAUCAUUCAGGAGUGAGAAUGGGAUCUUUGGGACUAAUGUUAAAUUCUGUUGUCCUUGGGGUGACUUCAGUGAUAUUGGAAAGGCUCUGUAGGAAAUGGGGAGCUGGCCUUGUCUGGGGAAUUUCUGGCAUUCUCAUGUCUAUAUGCUUUGGGGCAAUGCUCAUAAUAUCAUACGUGGCGGAAACUACCGAGUAUCCUAGCAGUGGCAUUCCACCAAUUGGCAUUAUUGUUGCUGCACUAAUUGUUUUUGCUGUUCUAGGAGCCCCUUUGGCUAUUACGUAUAGUAUUCCAUAUGCAAUGAUUUCUACUCGCACAGAACCGUUACGUCUUGGGCAAGGAUUGGCAAUGGGUAUUCUGAAUUUAGCAAUCGUGGUGCCACAGGUAAUUGUAUCCCUAGGAAGUGGACCAUGGGAUCAGUUAUUUGGUGGGGGAAAUUCACCAGCCUUUGCUGUGGCUGCAGUUGCUGCAUUUUGCAGUGGGCUUAUGGCCAUUAUUGCUCUUCCUCGUUCAAGUAUUACAAGAGCUAGAACACACAAGUGAGGCGUUUUUAUCUGGGGGAGUGAGUGGACGAGGGAUAAGUUUGCGAGCGGGGAAAAUUAAUCUACCUUGCCUGUGAUCUCUGUGCAACAUUUUGCGAUUAGCCCGGGAAUAUUGAUUCUCUUCCUUAAUCUUAUAUUGUGAAAAGUAGGAGUUACGAAGAAGGUAUAAUCGUGAUUGUGUAUACUUCCAACAAAAUUGUUUUUAUUUAUGGUGCUACUUAACAGUUAUAACAGGGUAUAAUUCGUCAAAGUUGUUGAAAAUUAGCCUUUUUAUUUGAUAUCAUUGAAGUGGUUCACUGUUGAAUCCACACCACAAUCAAUUAAUUGACUAAUUGGAUAAACAUGAAAAUUGGAUUUCUGCUAUUUAUAAUCAUCUGUUCAAUUCAUUAUGAAUAUUUUAAAUUAUACAUGAUUAAGCACUUAUGACCUCUGAGUAAACUAUGAUAUAUCAUUUUUUGUGAUAUCCAUGAGUGGUUCUAGAAGUUGAAAUUUAAGUAAUUUCGACGGAUCUUGAGAGUGAAACCUCAGCUUAUGCUCAUCAAUCUUGUGUGAUAUGGGAUGCUGCCUUGCUUUUGUUCUUCUUAGAAGCCAUCUUUAUUUGUUCUUCUUUUCUUGAUGGAUUACACGCAAUGCUUACAUACUAAGUGUAUGUCCAACCAACCUUUCAAAUACUGGGUUAUAAUCCAUGUGAAUAGAAACUUAUUGUAGAUAGAUUCGACUUAGUUGGCAUCAUAACGGAUUGAUUAUCAAUCACUGUUUGGUUAAUUUAUUCGAUUCGAUUUCUAUCUGCCCGGAAUAAAAUCAUCAACCAAUUAUGCUCUGUGAUGGAUUUUUAACAGAGAGCUCAGUGGCCAGCAGGAAAAAAAAAGGAUAUGCUGAUUAGUAGUGUAGCUCUUUGGAAUUCAGGCAGGCAUGCAGUUGCAGGCAGUACUACUACACUGUAUUUUAUAUAUAAUAUAUAUAUAUAUUUAUACAUGUUU